ACAACCGCUGUGAGGCCAUCGGGGAAUGGAGCUGGGUGGGAGCGCACAGCCUGGGCCAGGGGCCACAGAGACUGUUGCAACAGGAGCUGAGGGAGUGCCAGGAGUGCCCGGGGAUGGCCUAGUGUGGGCCAGCAGCCUCCUGUCAAACCGACAGUUGGGUGAGGAACAGUGGCUGCAGAUCUCCCAGGAGCUGGCUGACCUGGAGGUUGCAACCCACAGCCUGCGUGAGCAACACGAGGCUGAAGUCUUCCAGCUGAGGAGUGAGGUCCUUCGGCUGGAGGGUCGGGUGCUAGAGUUGGAGCUGUAUGGAAACCGCGCCAGCCAGGGCUGUGCAGCCCCAGUCACAGCCGGCCUGCCAACAGCCCAGGGGCCUGGACCCGCUGACCCCCAGCUGCAGGGAGAUGCCAACCAGGCACUGGAAUGCCACCAAAUACAGCAGCAGGCGCUAGAGGCCCGUGUGGCAGCCCUGGACCAAGAGCUACAGCAUGUCCGGGAAGAAGCUAGGACGGCCAGGCAGCAGCUGGCUACACAAACUAUGGCGCUGUCUGCCUCCCAGGGUCAGCUACACCAGGCAGAAGCCGAGAAUUCAUGGCUGCAGCUCCAGCUCAAGAGGCUGAGCCAGCAGUACGCAGUCCGGCUGCAGCGCCAUAUCCAGGAGGCCAUGGAACAUGCCACUGGGGCUGGUGGCUCAGAGCCUACCACCGCUGCCCUGCGUGGGUUCCUGGAGGACACCCUGCAGGACAUCCGGGCAGCCCACCGCAGCCGAGAGCAACAGCUGGCCCGGGCCGCCCAUGCCUACCACAAGCGUCUAGCAGAUCUGAGCCGCCGGCAUGAGGAACUGCUGGCCACCCGAAGUGGUACAGAUGCCGCAGCCUGGGCCCAGAUCUGGAGGAAACUCCAGGCCACCUCAGGUGGCAGUCAGGCAGAACUGGAGCGCGAGCGGGCGCAGCUGCUGGCCCGGGCCACAGUGGCCGAGGGACAACUUACCCAGCUGCAGGAGUACGUGGACCAACACCUGGGCAGGUACAAACAAGAAAUCCUGAGGCUGCGGAAGCUUGUGAGUGACCCCUGCAAGGUGGGGUCCCACACCUCGGCCAAGCUUCAGUGAUCUGGGACUCCCAGCCACUAGCCUGCUGCCCCUCCUCCCACAACGCACCUCCAGGGAACCGCCCCCUAGCAGUUCUAAAGAAAUAAGUUGAACAGA